AUGAGGAGCAGCCUAUCACGUACAGCAUGGCAGUUGGGUCAGAACGCCUGCAGAAUCAGAACUCGACCUUGCCGAGUCGCCGGCGCAAGAUGGAGCUCAUCAGAAAGCGGCCAUAAAUGGUCUACACCUCUAGCCAAGCAGUUGGCCGAAGCAAUCAUAACGACUGGCCCGAUACCCGUGGCAUCAUACAUGCGCCAGGUCCUCACUUCAGAUUUGGGAGGCUAUUAUACCGGAGCACUCUCUGGCGACCGAGACCAGUUCGGCACCAAAGGCGACUUCGUGACAUCUCCCGAGAUCAGUCAGAUAUUCGGAGAGCUCAUUGGCGUCUGGGUGGUGGCAGAAUGGAUGGCUCAAGGGAAGAAGAGCGAAGGCGUAUACCUCAUGGAGAUUGGGCCCGGCAGAGGAACACUCAUGUCUGAUAUGCUGCGGACCAUUCGAAAUUUCCCUCCUUUGGCCAAAGCAAUCGAAGCGGUAUAUCUGAUUGAAGCCAGCGAAACUCUACGGCUGGCACAACACAAGCUACUCUGCGGCGACAACCCAAUGACAGAGACCAAACUAGGAUGGGAAAGUGUCAGCAAGCAUUCCUCCGAAAUCAAGGUUGUCUGGACCGAAGACCACAAGUUCGUGCCACGACAUGCGAGCAAGACGCCCUUCAUCAUUGCUCAUGAGUUCUUCGAUGCACUUCCGAUCCAUGUCUUCCAAUCUACGCAUAUCCAGCCAGAUCAAGCUAAAACGAUUCAAACUCCCACUGGACCUAUUCAGAAUAGAUCAAGGACUCAAGAAUCCCAACAAUGGCGGGAACUAAUGGUGUCUGCUAAGCCGCCACACAGGUUGAAGGAAGGCGAGCCCGAGUUCGAGCUCUCGACUUCGAGGACGGCCACAGCACAUUCGAUGUACUUACCAGAGACCUCGCCACGAUACAAGGCAUUGAAGACCACAGACGGAUCUACGAUCGAAGUGUCGCCAGAUUCACAAUCGUAUGCACGAGACAUGGCAGUACGGAUAGGAGGUUCAAACCCAGAUGAGAUAGCCGCCUACGCAAAGCGAAAGGCCCCCAUACCUGGCAGAUCCACAGCAUCAACGCCGGAGAUUCCAAUCUCAAGGCCCUCGCCUUCUGGUGCAGCACUCAUUAUUGACUACGGCCCACCAGACCACAUCCCAAUCAACUCCCUUCGCGGCAUUCGCGCUCACAAACUGGUUUCACCCUUCGAUCGACCCGGCGAGACAGACGUCAGCGCAGACGUGGAUUUUCUCGCUCUGGCCGAAACAGCCAUCAAUUCAUCUCCCGGCACCGAGGUUCACGGUCCUGUCAGUCAGGCGAACUUCUUAAACGCCAUGGGUAUACAGGAAAGAGCAGCGCAGCUGGUGAAGAAGGCGCUUGAUGAUGAACGAGCGGGAAGGGGUGGUGGAAAGGAUAAGAGCGAACUCACCGAGAUUGUCAAGAGAGUGGAGUCUGGGUGGCGAAGGUUAGUUGAUACCAGCCCGCAGGGCAUGGGGCGUUUGUAUCAUGUCAUGGCCAUUGUGCCAUAUUCGCCACCGAAAGAAGGGCAGCCGAGACGGAGGCCUGUAGGUUUUGGAGGAGAUAUACCUGCAUAG